AUGUCGUUGGCAGUGCCGGUGUGUGAGACACUUUCUAUACGUGUCGUUGGCAGUGCCGGCGUAUGGGAAGAGUAUGUAUAUUGCUUGAGUAUCAUCACACACGUCGUUGGCAGUGCCGGUGGGGUGAUGAUACUGUCUGCGCGCGUAGGACUUGAUAUGAGAUUUGUGAGCUACACGUGUCGUUGGCAGUGCCGGCGUGUGAGCUAUGGAGUUCUGUCCCCCGGUUGGACUACUCAUCCCUGGACGCGGGUUCUGGUUCGAAAAUCCUGCGUACCAGCCAACAAUCCCCGGUUGGAUUGUCUUCCCCGGUACAUUAGUAUGGAGAGAACUAAGAGGUUACUCCAGAAAGGGUGUGAAGGAUUUCUAGCUCAUAUCAUCGACACUCGAGAGAUCACCUUGAAUCUGGAAGAUAUUCCUGUUGUUAGUGAGUUUCCUGAUGUCUUUCCAGAUGAUCUUCCUGGGUUACCUCCUGAAAGGGAAAUCGAGUUUACUAUUGAACUCCUUCCAGGCACCAAUCCUAUCUAUCUAACUCCUUAUAGGAUGGCACCAGCCGAGCUUCGGGAAUUGAAGACUCAGUUGCAGGAAUUAGUGGAUAUGGGUUUCAUCCGACCUAGUGUUUCCCCAUGGGGUGCACCGGUGUUGUUUGUGAGGAAGAAGGAUGGGACCAUGAGGUUAUGUAUUGAUUACCGGCAGUUGAAUAAGGUGACAGUACGUAACCGGUAUCCUUUGCCUCGGAUUGAUGAUUUGUUCGAUCAGUUGAAAGAUGCCAAGUAUUUCUCUAAGAUUGAUCUGAGAUCAGGGUACCAUCAAUUGAGGAUUAGAGAAGAGGAUGUUCCCAAGACCGCAUUUAGAACGCGGUAUGGUCAUUAUGAAUUUCUGGUGAUGCCGUUUGGACUGACGAAUGCUCCAGCAGCGUUUAUGGAUCUCAUGAACAGAGUGUUCCGACCAUACUUGGAUCACUUUGUGAUUGUGUUCAUAGAUGAUAUCUUGGUUUACUCUAAGACUUUGGAAGGGCAUAAGAAGCAUCUAAGAUUGGUAUUGAGGACUUUAAGGAGGAAGCAGCUUUAUGCCAAAUUUAGCAAGUGUCAGUUUUGGUUGGAUAGAGUGGUAUUCCUUGGACAUGUAAUCUCAACGGAAGGGAUUUAUGUGGAUCCGCAGAAAGUUGAGGCUAUUGUGAAUUGGGUGCAACCCACAAGUGUGACGGAAGUACGGAGUUUUCUGGGGUUUAGCAGGUUACUAUCGUCGAUUUGUGGAAGGGUUCUCUUCGAUAGCAGCACCUCUCACGAGGUUGACAAGGAAAGAUGUUGCAUUUGA